UUAGCUGCCCUUAACAAGUUGUUAGUCUGUUUCACACGUAUUCAAUUGCAUUACCUGCACUAAACUUUCGUUUGUGGUAACAACGUGCUGUGUUUGAAAAUGAGCUUUGCUUGGUCGCAGUCGACGUGGAAAGUUUUACUAAUUGCUGUUUAUUUUGCGAAAAUAGUCGUUACGAAAACGGCUCACGGUGACGGGGAAAACCAAAGUCCUUUUAGACUUCCUGAUGCGAUAUCUCCAAUUCAUUACCAGCUGACUCUUCUGCCCGUUAUUGAAGAAAAUCCUCGACUGUGUGGUCAUGUUUGGAUCGAUGUGACAGUCAACUCACCCACCAAUGCGAUAGUUCUCCACGGACAAGUACUUCCGGUGGAAUCGGUUGUUUAUGCCGAUAGUGAAGUGAUCGACAACGAAGUAUCUCGAAUGCUCGUGGAGAGGAUGUGCUUCUCCGGCGUACUUGAUGCCCUGGAUUUGUUGAGCGAUGACAAGCCAAAGAGUCGAGACGACAAAGACAUUGCCCAAUCUGUUCACCUGGAUGAAGAUAGUGAGCAGAUGAUAAUUAUACUGAAAGAGGAACUGAUCGUCGGUGCAUUCUAUCGCAUAGGCAUUCUUUACUUGGCGGAGAUAAAUGACGGUGACAACAUUGGUUUCUUCCGUGUCCAGAAGAAGCAAGAAGAUCAUAACUGCUGCCGCCAAAGAUGGAUUGGAUCAACCCAGCUGGAAGCUACCCAUGCUCGUAAAGUAUUCCCUUGUUUCGACGAACCCGCAUUCAAAGCGACCAUCGAGCUAACACUUGGUCAUGAUUCCAAACUUAGAGCCAUCUCCAAUAUGCCUUCAAAUUCGUCAACAUCUUUGAAAACUGUUGACGACUGGGUUUGGACCACGUUUGAAAAGACACCGGUUAUGUCUACCUAUUUGCUGGCUUGCGUAAUUUCGGAACUCGAGUACUUGGAGACCAGCUACUUGUCGAUCAAUGGCCGAAAUAUUACCAUCAGGCUGUGGACUGAGAAACAGAAAUUUAGCCAACUCGAUUUGGCAUACCGUUUGGUGCCCACAAUCAUGAAGACGCUUGAAGAUUACUUCUGGAUUCCAUAUACACUUCCCAAGCUAGAUAUGGUGUCUCUCCCAGGGUACGAUUUGGCCCGUGCUAUGGAAAACUGGGGAUUAAUUGUACAAAGUGAAUCUACUCUCCUUCAAGAAAGUGACGCAAAUGAUCCAAUGGAAAAAGCCAUUUUUGCCAUAACUAUUGUUCAUGAAAUUGCUCAUCAGUGGUUUGGUAACCUAGUAACGUCUCGUUGGUGGUCAGAUAUCUGGUUCAAUGAAGGACUUGCCACGCUAUUCGAAAAUAUUGUUCUCAAUGAGAUUGCCCCUGAAUUGGGAGUGGAUGUCAUUACGGUUCUGUUCUUCCAACAAGCGCUGUUUCACGAUACCCUGAAUAUAUCCAUACCUCUGAACUACCCAGUUGAACUCCUUCCAACCAUCGAACAUAAAUUUGAUGGCUUCGCCUACGCUAAAGCUUCAGUGAUUUUUAGAAUGGUUAAAUCAUUUGUUGGGGACGAAGCGUUCAAGAAUGGACUUCACCGCUACUUUAAUCAGUUUCAAUUUAAAGCCGCCAACAGUACAGACUUUUGGGCGAUUCUCACCCAAGAGUCCCGCCGAGCAUGCACUCUUUCUCCUCGCAAACAUGUUGGCCGGAUUAUGAAGACGUGGACCGAACAGUCAGGUUAUCCUUUGAUUCAAGUUGAUCGCAACCCGCAAACCCGAGUUUUCUGCAUUUCUUCGAUUUUCUUUUUGAGGCUGUCGAUUUCCUGUCGGAUUGACGCGUCUUCGGUGGUGUGUUGGUAGGCCGGUGGCCGUCUGCUUGACACGGGCGUGGGGCCGGAGUGGAGUCUGCCGGCUUCCGUAACUGACAUGUUGUUUUCAUACGCGAACUUGAUGACUUUUUGUUUGUUUGCGAAGAUGGGGCAGGCUGCUGUUCCGGCUGCGUGGUCACUUUUUGAGCAUGUUGGACAUUUUUUGGGGGAUUUGCACUGGGCGUCUUCUUCAUGUGUGCUGGCGCAUUUUCUGCAAACUGGUGGUACUGAACAUACUUCUUCUGGGUGGCCAAAAGACCAGCACUUCCGGCAGAGCGAUGGUCUUGGGAUGUAUUUUUUGACGGUGAAUAUUUCGUGAGCGAUGGUGACUUCCCGUGGUAGAGUUUUGGUAUUAAAGAAUAGUGUUACCAUGGGUAAGAUAUUCGUGGCGUCGUUCGGGCCGAGAUUUGAGAAUCUCUUUACUUUGAUGACACCUUGGCUGGACAGAAGGUCUAGUAGUUCUUCCUCCGUGUUGUUCGGCGGCACAUUGUACAUGACACCUUUAACUUCUUGCUCCGAUUUGCAUAAUGAGCAGGAUAUUACAUGUUCGUUGACUUGUGUCUGCUGGAGUAGAAGGUUUUUUUGUUUGUUUGAAGUAGGGUAGAUGUAGAGUUCCCCACGCUGCGUCCACUUUGUCCCUGGUCUCACUUGGCCAAUUAGUGUGAUAAGUCCAGCGAUGAAGUUUUUCUUGACUGUGAAGUUCCAGGGGCGGAACGAUCAUGGUUCGCUGAUUAAUUGGAUGAUGAUUGGGGCACCGCUGGCUGGGCUGUUGAAAAGGUCUGCGAAUCUGGGAUUCGGUCGAACGUCGUGUGCGAUGUCUCCUUUCCUUUUUAGUGGGGCCGUUGGUGAUUCAGGGUCUUCGAUGUUCUCAGAUUCAAGAGAGAGGUUCUCAGAAUCUACGUAGUCCUCGUUGAAGUCCAUGCUUGCCAUGGGGCUUAUGGGGGGUACGCCCCCUUUUUGACUUGUGCACUAAUGGAGAGCGGUUAGUAGGUGACUGCUCUGUUCCGGG